UUUCAAAGAAGUAAGAUCGAGAAAUAUUCUAAAAAAUUAUUAAGUUUUGAAAAUAAUUUUAAUGUGAGACUUAUAUUAAAGUAAGGUGCUUAAUAAUAUAUCUGUCAAGAUGGAACCCACCAUAAAUUUUCAAUUAGAAAAUCAGCAAAAUAAAAGAAAAUGCACAGAUUUGACAACAUUGUACCUUACAAUUGGAUUAAUUGUUAUAAUGCUCCUUCUGAUCAUCCAAAGCUUCACAACUCUAAAUUCAGAAUACCUAUCAAGAAGAUGCAAUGAAUUAACAACUAUCGGAAGUGAUUUAUCAAAAACUCGAAAACAGAUUGAACAGACUUGCCUUUAUGCAAUACUUAUGUCAUUUCUUCUUCUACUUCUGUCUCGAUGUUUUAUUAAAUGGAUUAUUUGGGGGACCUGUAUUGGAUCGAUGUUUAUUAUAUCUGUCGUCACGAUUGUUGUUUGGAUGGAACCGCACUUGUUGAUUCAAAAUGUGUGGGAAUUGACGACAGUAGAAGUUUGCAGCAUCAAAAUGAUUCCAACAAUGCUUUUUAUACUUGGAGCUAGUUGUUUGACUUUUUAUAGAAGCGAGCUGAGACUUGUUGGAUAUUUGUUCGAGGAAAUAUCAAAGCAGUCUGUCAAAAUUAAGUCAAUUAUCUUUCAACCGAUUCUGACAUGUUUUAUAGCUGUUCUAGCUUCAUAUUUCAUUAUAAAUUUACUUUUUGCAUCAGAAAAUGACAAAAUCACUUACCCACAAUUAUUGAGCUUGAUACUUUAUGUCUGGUUCAUUAUCUUCAUCAUUGGAUGUCAAAAUUUCAUGAUUGCAGGAAUUGUGACCAAAUUUCAUCAAGAACAAGAUAAAUCAAACACAAAAUGCUUGUUUUGGUCAACUUUCUCUCAUCUAAUUCAUUUCCAUUUGGGGAGUGUCUGUUAUGGACGAUUCAUUACAAUAUUUAAACCGGUUGCAAAGAUAAUUUUGAAAUUUUGCGGAAGUCGUAAACAAGAAUUUGAUCAUCUAUGUCUAUCGGACACUCUAGCCCACAUCAUUAUCGUAAAAGAUGCAAGUAAAUACUCAAAAUCAUCCAAAAAAGCAUUCAAUGUCGUUCAAAAGUUUGAAAAAAUCUUCAAACUAUCCAAAUUUGGUACUUAUAUUCUGUUGUUCAUUCAAUUGAUGAUUGUUGUCUUCUCUGUUGGACUUGCAUUUAUGAUUAUGGAUGAAGCUUUUUUAAAUGUCCGAUACUAUUUAGGAAUCUCAAUAGUAAUGACACUGUCAACUUCAUACUGCUUCAUCAGUGCCUUCAAUGCAAUGAUAGAAACAACAAUAUUCUGUUUCUUUUUGAACUUUGAAACAUCUCAGUGGUGUUCCAUGUCCAAAUCAUUAACAAAUAUUCUCUGUGAUCUAAUAAAAUAUUAUGACAUUCAAUAUGACAAUAAUACUCAAUCUAAAGUUCAAGAUGAUUUAUUCAACAAUAAUUUAAUAGUAUUGCCGUAUCCUAGCGAUUACGACUUGACUGGACAUUUUGCAACUGGUACAUAUUGUCCAUAUUAUGUUCCUCCUCCUACACUUUUGACUUGGGCAGUACAGGCUGAUAAUACUGAACGACAACCUACAAAUGUGUCAUCACUUUAUUUCUGCAUCGUAUUUGUUCUAAUAAUGCUUAUAACCAUUGGCUAUUGCAUAUCACAGUCCGAUUUGAAACGACUAACAAAAGGAUAUGAUGACUGCGGAAAUGUCUGUGGUGAAAAUAAUGAAAAUAACUUUUUCCACACAUGUGGGUCACAUGACAAAAGAAACCUUCCAAAAGUUGAAGUUAACGUCAAACAAAAAGGAAACCUUACCGUCAUGCAUUAUUCAUGUGUCGAAAAUUGUCAGCAAGGCUACGUUGAGGUCUUCAAUCGAUGCUGGAUGAAAAACGCAAAUUCAACUGAAGCUUCGGAUAAUUUUUCAAUCUUUCAAAAACUGUCACAGCAGCUAAUCAUUACUUGGCCGUACUUAGUUGCAGUUUGUGGCAUAUCUUUUGUAUUUUCAUACAUUGUGUUGAUUCUGUUCCGAUAUUUUAUUGAGUAUGUCAUAUGGAUUAUUUAUAUUUUAUUUGUUGGGAUGUUUGCAUGUGCUGCUGGUUUCUGUUGGUACGCGUAUGUAACAGCAAAAGAUAAGGAUAAGAAAGGAAUGUUGAUCAUAGCUAUACUUUUUACAAUCGGUGUGGUUCUUUUCGUUCUUUUGCUGAUUUUAAACCGUCGGAGAAUAAAGUUGGUUGCUCAAAUCUUUAAAGAAGCAUCAAAAGCAAUAAUCGAUAUCCCGGCACUACUUUUUGAACCAGUUAUUACAUUUCUAGCACUUGCUGUUGCAUUCUUUCUGUUUGUGUAUUUUGCUAUCGUCACCGAAACGACUGGAACACUUGAAGCUGACACAGCACUUGAUGGAGAAUUUCAAGCUAAAUAUGAUCCAAAUUUUGCUGCUUACAUGUCUAGGAUCUUCAAUAUCCUAGCCUUUAUUUGGUUCACACAAUUCAUUUUCGGAUGUCAGAAUUUUUUGAUCGCUGGAACUGUCGUUAAAUGGUACUUUUCCAGAGAUAAGUCAAAGGUUGACUCACCGAUACAGAAGACAUUUUUACAUCUUGUAAGAUUCCAUUUGGGAAGUAUCUGCUUAGGAUCAAUCUUGUUACUUUUGAUGAAGAUUUUGAAGCUUAUUGUUGAUGGAAUUAAGCAACAAACCAGCAACUCAACAAGCUUUACAGCACAGUGUUUAGGAUGUCUUUGCAGCUGUCUCAUUGAGAAACUUGAUCAAUUCUUGCAAUAUCUCAUGCGUAAUGCUUACAUCAUCAUGGCUAAAGAUGGAACUCCAUUUUUUGAGUCUGGAAAGCGAGCCUUUAACUUAAUUUUCAGGAAUUUAAAGAAUGUUCUUGCAUUGAAUAAUUUUGGGGAUUUGGUGCUGUUCAUGGGAAGACUGUUUGUAGUUCUUAUUGCAGGAUUAUGUGGAUAUGCCUUGAUGUCUGAAUCCGGAGUUAACAUAAUAUUUCCUAUGAUCCUGGCUAUAAUCUUUGCCUACUUCAUUGCCAAUUGCUUUAUUAGCGUUUUUGAGAUGACAAUUGACACAAUUUUUGUCUGCUAUUGUGAAGAUUGUGAAGAAAAUGAUGGAAUAUCAAGACCUUACUUCAUGUCCAAUGGAUUAAAAGAAUCUUUUGAGGAACUGAAAAAUACAACUGACAGGAAGUUUCGAUUUGGAAAGCCUGUGGGUAUUGAAGCAGGAAAUGAUAGGAGGUUUUAA